GCUCGCAAACCCCGCACGAGGUUCAGCCCAGCAGAGCUGAGGGCACUCAGAGAGGCAUUCCAGAAGAACAUGAGCCCUGGCAGGGCCGCCGUCCAGAGUCUGGCAUCAGAAACAGGGUUGGACACGUAUGUGGUUCAGAAUAUUGUUGAAUUUACCCGGAUGUAUUUGAGCCCUGGAGACGAUGACUUCUCCAAGCUGGAUCAGUAUCUGUUC